CUUCCUACCUUCGCUGUCUUCGAAACCUGGGGGAGGUGGAUCCUGUUUACCUGUAAGGAGGUAGGUACAUGUACUUAUUGUGUUCAGCCUGCACUCAUCAUUUGAAACAAGUCUUCUCUCUUUUCUCUUCUCUCCUCCAACGUCCGCAUGGAGGCCCGGUGUUCUCUAGAUCUACAUUCUCUUGAAUCCCGCACUUUACUCUCGUGCUGCUUGUUGAUUAAUCGUCACUUUUGCGCCGAACUCUAGAUAUCUCAGAUAGCAUUAUUUUUCAUUCUCCAGGUGUCCGACGACAUCGCAUACAUACAUUAGCUUUAUGUUUAGUUAGCCAACGAACGCAUUAUCCUCCCUCAAUUCCUCACAUCUCUCUUCCAUUAGUUUAGAAAUAAACAAGUGCCCGCUUGAUCUGUCGCCAUGAGGCUGUGUCUCUGGCCGGCCCUUUCGGCGCUGUGUCUAGUCCUCGUCAAUGCUUCGUCCCUGACGCCGCCCGUACUGCCAUUGAUCGUACGAAACCCCUACUUGAGUAUAUGGCUUGCCCAUGCCCGAGACGCCCCGUGGGAACAUUGGCCGAUAUUCUGGACUGGCAGUACCGUCGGCUUUGCUGUUAUAGCCUCCGUGCCCGAGAAUAAGACGGUAUACCCCCUGCUGGGUCGCUCGCAAGAUUUCCUUAGCAAGUCUCCCAGUUAUAACGUCUCCUUUCCUAAAUACGACGGUGCUACGUUCGACGCCUCAACUACGAAUCUCACCUACUCUAUCCCAGGGUCCGACGUGAGGAUUACUCUCUCGUUCUUGUCUCCUAUCACGCCCACAUCGACAUUUAGACAGUCCCUACCGGCGUCAUACCUGACUUGCAUUGUAGAAGGUUCGACAGAUGUAAGCCUAUACGUGGACAUAAACGGAGAAUGGGCUAGCGGCAACCGAGAUAAUAAGAUAGAAUGGGGGCUCGUCCGGACUGAAAAGAGUGACAAUGCAAAGACCCCCAUCAAGACUUGGAGUAUCACACGGCGCUAUGAGCAGCUCCUAACCGAAUUUUACGAUCACUCUGAAUGGGGAACCAUCCAUAUCUCCGCUCCGGCCGACGUUGAACAUCAGUCUGGCGAAUCGAACUCCAUAAGACGUCAUUUUGCCCAGCACGGGUCAUUGAAGAAUGAGGUCGACGAUUCUUACCGUGGAAUCUUUGAGGAGGAACCUAUCUUCGCCUUCUCCAAGACUUUCAAGCUCAAGAAGAGGUCGAAUGAGUCGUCUGGUAUCGCCCAGGACAGCGUUAUAUUCACAUUUGCCCUCACUCAGGAUCCUGUCGUUCAGUUUGCCUCAGCCAGAGGCUUGACCUUGAUGCGUCCCUUGUGGGAUUUUUAUUUCUCGGGUACUCAUGAAAUGUUGCAGUUCCACUACGACGAUUACGAAACUGCAGCUUAUCUUGCUAGCAACUACUCCGAGCAACUCGCCAAAGACGCGUAUGCUUCGGGCUCACAAGACUACCAAGACAUCGCGGCGUUGUCAGCUCGCCAGGUGCUAGGAGCAACACAAUUUUCCGGUACACCAGAUAAUCCUAUUAUAUUCCUCAAGGAGAUAUCAUCGAACGGAAACUUCCAGACAGUCGACGUUAUCUUCCCAGCAUUCCCAUUCUUCUUAUAUACCAACCCCCAGUGGCUAGCAUAUCUACUAGAACCUCUUCUCGAACACCAGUUGAGCGGUCUGUAUCCCAACGAUUACAGCAUGCAUGAUCUUGGAUACCACUUUCCCAAUGCGACGGGGCAUGGUGACGGUAAUGACGAAUAUAUGCCCGUCGAAGAAUGCGGCGAUAUGCUAAUCAUGGGUCUUGCACUUGUCAAUGCUCUCAGAGACGAUUCACAAGCUCAGUUCGUCCGUACUGUACCGGGGGACGCUUUGACACUCAACUUGGAGUCUGUGAAGAGAUCGUUCUUAGUUAAUGAAUAUGGAAUGGAUCGCACAUGGGAAGACUUGGGCACUACGGGUGAAAAGGUGGCUACAAGAUGGGUACGACGCUCAUACAAGCUAUGGAAGCAAUGGACGGGGUACCUCGUCCGAGAGUCGCUCAUCCCUGCGAAUCAACUUUGCACCGACGACUUUGCUGGUUGGCUGGCCAAUCAGACGAACCUAGCGUUGAAGGGUAUCAUUGGCAUUAAGGCCAUGAGUGAAAUUGCUAACGUUGUCGGUGAGAAGGCCGACUCCAGGUGGUACAGCAACGUAGCUGAGGAAUAUAUCGACAAGUGGCAGGACUUUGGACUAUCCAAAGAUAAGACACACGCGAAGUUAGCGUACACCUGGUACGGAUCGUGGACGACAAUCUAUAAUCUCUUCGCCGAUGCUCUGCUUUGCUUUCAUCUGCCUGCAGAUACAUCCUCUUCUCUAGGAGCGAGCAGAUUCUGGGGCUCAGAACAGCAACCUAUAGGGGACGAGGCUAUCACCAAGCCUAAAUCAACAUUCAUUCCAGAUAAAAUCUACCAGAUCCAGAGUGACUGGUACCAUGCUGUGCUUCAAAAAUACGGUUUGCCGUUAGAUAGCCGUCAUCUAUAUACGAAGAGCGAUUGGGAAUUCUUUGCGGCCGCUGUGACAAGUAAGAAGGUACGGACGGAGAUUUUACAACAUGUUGCGACAUGGGUCAAUGAGACUGCAACAGAUCGGCCACUGACGGACCUUUACGAGACGGAGGGUGAUGGCGGAUUUCCUGGGCCUAACUUCAUGGCUCGCCCGGUAGUAGGAGGUCACUUUGCGUUUCUCGCGUUAGAGAAGGCCUGUGGUGGCAGAGCAUCGGAAGGUCUAAAGUUCCUAGACGAAGUGGCCCCCGCAGAGAUUGAUGUGGAACAAGCCUUGAGAAGGGAAAUCGCUAUAAACCAACCUGAUAUGGGCGAGUUGUAGUGAGUACCUAUAUUAUAUGAAGAAACUGUUAACUUUCCCCAAGAUCGAAGAUACCUUAAAGUUGGAUAUGUACAUUGGGUAGAGGUUAGACAGUAAAAUUGUACCGAUGUGCUUAUCUCUUAGGUGCUUUAGGUAGGAAUAUCUCCAUGAGAGCUCUCCGGAAGCACUUGCCUUGUACUACCACCGAAAAAAAAAAGGAAGGAAUAAAGGAAGAUACAAUUUCAGAUCUGCAAGUGUUUCUCGUCUA